CAAGAUGGCGACAUAAAUUCUGAACUCUGUCUUUGCAGGUACACAAGUUGAAGCUUACAGUUCAUAGAGACUCUAAUUUUGGUCAGUGAUUGAAGUUCUUAGCCUGCCACAAGAAUUUUCAGUGCUGCACUUGUUGACUGGAAGUGAAACGAAUUUGGAAUUUUGAUUCUGUCUUCUUGAAUUUAGCCUGGGAAGAGGACUGCUGCCACAUCAGAUUAAAUAACAUGUAAAUUUAUAAAAUGCUCCAGAGCCAAUCUCCAGAUGACAGAGAGAAUGCUGCUCAUCACUGGCUCCAUUGCCAUGAAGAUGAGGAGCAACUGGCCUCAAGUAAUGAGCUACGCAAAAAGACGAAAGAAAUUCAGAAGCUUCUGACUGAGAGAAACCAGAAACUUCGACAAGAGACGAAAGAUAGUAAUGAUCAUGACAAUGGACUGGAAAGACUAUCAGUCCACAUGGAGAGACCCCGUGGCGAGGGGGAGAACAAGACAAAUGCAAUGUCACGGCCAAGGACAGACAGGGACCGGCAAUUCAAACAAAUCACUUUUAAACCAAACUACCGCAGUUUAACUGGUAACGAAAGCUCUGGUGUAGAAAUUUGUAAGAAGCUUUUUGGGAUUACUAUAUUUGAGUACAGCAAUGGCAAAAGUCGCUUGAGUAAUAUGACCAAGGAUAGGAAGUUGGUGGUUCAAGGAGUUCUGGAAGGCUCGGAGUCUCACGCUUCUGGAAAAAUUCACAGAGGUGAUAUGCUGGUUCGCAUCAACGAUGUCAGUGUGAGUUGGCUGAACUUCACAAAAUUGCUUUGUUCAUUGAAAAAACGAGAGAGGGUGAAACUUACUUUUCAGUCACCUCGAAUCGUUGGUCCCAAGUCUUCCUACAGUGUUCUCCAAGUGCCAGAAGCAGAUCUCUGUCUAGCUGUGCUAGGGAAGAGGCUGUCACACAUACAGUCAGAGUUGUCACAACUAAACUGUGCAGCCAUGUUUCUCACUCUGGUGCCCAGUGAAGCGGAAUCUAAUGAAAUGGAGGACAUAAUCUACGCAUUUCCACCGGGUGAAGAGAGACUUCUAUCUUUGAGAGGCCUGUUCAUCACUCUUAGUUCCUCACUUGUGGAUGUUGUUGGACAACCAGCCGCUUGUUCACGUCUGGAAGUCAAUAAUGGCACUGUGAAUGUAGUGUAUCGACAAUGUGGGAAAGAUGUCUUUGUUCUUGCCAUGCCAGAGGACCGAAUAUCAUUAGGAGCAUUGUCAAAUGUUAUGGAUGGUCUUUACUCUUUACUAGUUCUUCUACAUUCCGACCUGAAACGGGCGUUCAACGAAUGUGAGAGGACCUGGCUAGACAAACUGUUGGCUGUUGUAUUUCACCAGUCCCUGGGUCUUCAGUCUGCUCUGGCCCCACUUCCCCUGCUUCCUCUUUCGGAGACAGCCAUCACCCCUUGCCAUGUUGUGAAGUCGUUGCAGCUGUCUUCGGAAAAUAAGCUGAUAUGUGAUGAGAUUCUGAGCGAGACAGAGUCAAUGGAUUUUGAUGAUUAUUUGGAACAGAAAGAUCUGUUUGCACGACGGAAGUACACCGUAAACGGGACAUGUCUGUUUUACAAAGACUACCUCGUGUGCAGCCAUCUUGCGGAAGACUUACAAAGGGAUGUCAAUUUAUACCUCAACUGCCAUGGCCUCCUCAUUUUGUCGUCACGGCAACAUGUCGACCAGGUGAUGGUUUGGCAAGAGCUGAAAUCUCGGUCAGAGCAAGAUGUGACCAGCCUCCCAGCAGGCUACCAGCCUUGUGACUCUCGCUUCUUCCUUAUGGUCAUAGGGGUGCGUAAUUACUACCUGUGUGUGGUCCUGGAGGCCGGGAGCUGCAGUGCCAGGGUGGAGGGUCAAGCCCGACCUUUGUCUCUCAUGUUGGACCAGGGGCGAGCCACUUUGUCACAGUUGGAGACACGAGAGGUGCACAUGGCGGCGUGCUGUGAAGACAGCUUGACCAACACAGCAAGCUCGGUGUCUCUGGCCUGUGCUGACCACCUGGUCACGGUCACUACCCCGAGGAACCGGUCAGCCAGCAGGGGAGCACAUCGACCUCCCUUAACCCCAACCAAGUCUACAGACAAUGCUUACAGAGGAAGGUCAAAAUCCAGGGAUAGAUUAGCAGCUGAAGAGGACAAAGCUGAUGACUCCUCCAACACAUCUGUGAUGAGAAGGCAAGGGAGCAAACUGUCGUACGGUUCAAAUGACUCUGCUGGGAGUGGAAGUAGUGCUGGUCCUCCCAAGAGCAAGAGCAGUCGGAUGAGCUCAGCAGCAGAUGUGUCCAGUAUCACCCGCAGUCUUUCUGUCAUGCAGAUUGAAAUGCCUCACGAUUUUGUCAGAGGAGAAAGGUUGAGCCGUGGUAGGGAGAAUACGUUGUUUACCUACGUUCACUUGGACUUUGGUGAAGGCGUUCUCAUCUCCCCAACGGACACAGAGCUGAAGGAGGUGCACUCCGCCCUGCAGGCUGAUGUCUUGCAUCAUUUCUGUCAGGCCUGUGAGAACAUGAGAUCACAAUUUAUCGCAAAGAGAAGUACCGGUUUCGAAAGUUCUCACAAGAGUAGUGGACAACGACCAACUUCUGCACUGAAAGGGGAAGUCCUGGAGCAAGGCUGUUUGUUUCAAGUUGAAUUUCAGACUCCUUCAGACAAAAAGCGUGUUUCCAGUCUCUGCUAUUGGGUUGUUGGUCGAUGUUGGAGAGAGCCUUGCCACCAGGAGAUGUAUGUCUGUUUCCAUGAGUCUGCCGACCAGUCGUUGAUAGAGAUGGCUUUCUCCCUUGGCUUUGGAACUUGACCCAGUAUCUCCACAUUCUUGCCCUGGGCUGUGUGUAAUAUUUUCAGGAUGACUAAGCUUUGGAUGGAACCUAUCGUAGCAUGUGGCUGCCAGGAUGUGCAAAUACCAACGAUCUAAUACGCUAUCAAGACCUAUGGGAUAAUGGAAAAAUGAUGCAGCACUUAUGUAUAAAACCUGGAGUAAUUGGUGAUUGGCAGAAAGGGUGUAUUUUACUAUUAUUUACAUUGGGACCGUUGUAUUUUGAGAUGUGUUUUGAAGCAUUCUUUCUUGAAAUAACUUUAAAAGCACAAGAAAAAAAUAUGCUUACAUGUCGUACUUGUACAUCUUUGUGAAAGUAGAUUGUCCUACAAACGUGUCUUAACUCAAUAAAAGAAGAAAAAGAAAUUUGAGCUGUGCAUCCAAUAAAUCUUUAUCCUAAAUCAUGAUCUAGAUCCAAAUCUUGAGAUUAAAUCAAAAUCUAGAAUGUUGUUAUUGAUCUAGACAGUUCUAAAGAUUUAGGUAGCUUUCUGAAGAGUCUUCUACAAGGGAAUUUAAAAAGCAAAAGAGACAACAUGGUUAUAAAUUAUUUUCAAAUGGAAAACCAGCACAGUAGACGAUGUGGAAAAUGAAAAAAAAUAGUAUUGCAUCUCCUCCUUGCCUACCACCUUUAAGUCUGCCUAAUUGUCGUGGUUGGAAAAAUUUCACGGUUCCCAAAAUGUACUGUGGUCGGUCACCCCUCAAUAUUAAUGGCAAAUACUCACUUUUCAGUAUGAUAUGGGUAUUUUUAUGAGAACCAAGUAUGGGAAAAUUUGAAAACAGUUUUCCUCAAGCACCCACUCAAGCACCCAAUCUUCCUGAGAAGUCGUCUUGAUUUUUCUUAUGAAAAUUAUAACUUUUGCUAAUAAAAUCAAACUCACAAAUUCGUGAAAAUUUUAUGCUUGUUGGGGAGAAAGACAUUUUACAACAUACUGGUUGAGGUCCAACUUGGUCUUUUGGUGUUGACUCUUGGUUUGUAUCAAUGGUUGAUUGCUAAUGCUAAGAAAUGUUGUCAUAAUGUUAUUUAUGGAUCAAUUGAAAAUGAUCAUUAGGCAGCAUACUAACGAGCCAAAAUCAAUGGCAGAUUUUGUCUUCGGAAGUUCCUAAUUUCAAAAAGGUGGCGCAAAUGUGUGUCUUUUUUCAUUUGUGAGUACUUACUUCCGUGCUGUCUAAAAGACUCAAAUAUACAAACAAUUAACACUGUAAUAUAUGUCUCUUGUGUGCACUGUUUGUUUCUCAAAUAUUCUACAACUUGUGUAGAAGAAGAUUUGAUACUGCUGACAUAUAAUAAACAUACUGCCGGAAACUCUAUCCAUUACAGUAUGUAUGUGAAAGAUACUUUGACUGUCUUGGCUGACACUACUUAAUUAAAUUAACUUUUACUUCUUUCCUUUCAAACCCAAAGGGAACAAACCUGUUAUGACUGUUAUGUAAUAUGUUGUUUUGUAUGUGUGACACAUUUAUGUUUGACCCGAGUGAAUAUGUAGAUACAGUUAAAUACUGUAACAACAAGAGUAUGGAAAUAAAACUCUAUAUUUCAUUUCAACGGUCUCAAUUUUGCCAGAGUCUCAGGGGAUAACAACAGAAUGCCUUAUAGACAAAAUAUGAAAGUGUUGGAUUGCAGAUAGAAACCUCCACACACAUUAUUUGAGCGUAACAUACCAGAGUCACUUUUCUCGCCACUACUAAAAUUUCUUACUGUGAGUAUUGUUUAUAAUAGGAGGAGUAAAGAAGGAGAACGAUGGAAGCUAAAAUUGUCUCAUUUAUCCCGAGUUCUUGUUAUUCCAGUUGUCAUUAUUUAUAGACCUCACUGCACUUUUUGAAAUCCAGGCUGCACUUUUUAAAAGUCUUAUUGCAUGACAUUUGAAAUAUAAAUAUGCACACAUCAGUUCCCUGUACUCCUGAGCUGAGCGCUCCAUUUCCACAUCAUGUUUUCUCAAUAGGAUCUGAGUUCUGACAUUAAUCCGCGUUUUUUUAAUAAUUGCCUUUUUUUUUGUGUUCUGAGGAGGAAUAAGAAUUUUACAUAUGUUGUUGUAUGACCUCUAUCUAAGUAGCGUCUAACAGUCGAACAUGUUGCAGAUUCUUUUUACGCACUAGUAGCUGACCUAUUUCAGUCGUCAUCGAGGCUUUAUUUUAUUGGAUAUCACUUCCCUGGAUGUUUUUUGUCUGGAAAAAUCAUGCCAAAAUGUAAUUUAUGCUCUGGUUUUUUAACAGCUUGCGUUGAGAGAUGAUGGCAUGCUUUGAAUUUACAUCUGUCUUGUUCAAACUUAGUUUUUUAAAGUUUAUUAAUAUGCUUUCAUUGUUUGCAUUUUUUUAAAAGUCCUGCUCCAACUGUUCACCAGAUGUUCGUUCGACAAUGUAAAUUAUAGGAAAAGAAUGCAUUUUGAAAACUAGGCACAAGCUAGACACUAAGUCCCAACAAGUUACAAUGAAAUUAUUUUUUUUAAUAACAUUUAUUUUCAAGCACACUAUUUUAUAUGUUAGUUUCACUAUGUCACCUACUUUGGAA